CCCAGACGCCUGCUCAUCCACCACUGCCUGCCCCGCCCGGGCCUGCUAAGCUGGCAUCCCACACCCCGACUGCCAAGGGCAGCAGCUUCUCCAGGCUCUGGGCGGCUGGCGGGUCCAGUCGUCCCGCCUCACUACUCCACCUCAGAGGCUGGCCCUUGGACUUUGUACCCACCUGGCUUCCCUGGCCUGCCUUGGACACUCCCCACCUUGAGACCCCUUGCCAGGUGUCCAGGAUUGAGUGCCCCUCUUGCCUCCUGAAGAGCAGCCAUGGCCACCUACAAAGUCAGGGUGGCCACAGGCACUGACCUCUUAUCAGGAACAAGGGACUCCAUCUCGCUGAUCAUUGUGGGGACCCAAGGAGAGAGCCACAAGCAGCGGCUGAACCACUUUGGGAGAGACUUUGCGACUGGGGCGGUGGAUGAGUACACUGUGCAGUGCCAGCAGGACCUGGGCGAGCUGAUCAUCAUCCACCUGCACAAAGAGCGCUACUCCUUCUUCCCCAAGAACUCCUGGUACUGCAACUACGUGCAGAUCUGUGCCCCCAACGGCCGCAUCUACCAUUUCCCUGCCUACCAGUGGAUGGAUGGCUACGAGACCCUGGCACUGCGGGAGGCCACAGCAAAGACAACAGCAGACGACUCUCUCCCCAUCCUUUUGGAGCACAGACAAGAGGAGAUUAGAGCCAAGCAGGACUUCUACCACUGGAGGGUAUUUGUUCCUGGCCUCCCCAACUACAUUCACAUUCCCAGUUACCACCCUCCUGUCCGGAGGCAUCAUAAUCCCAACAGGCCUGAGUGGAAUGGCUAUAUUCCGGGAUUCCCUAUUCUCAUCAACAUUAAGGCCACCAAGUUCCUGAACUCAAAUCUCCGCUACUCCUUCGUGAAGACAGCCUCUUUCUUUUUUCGCCUGGGACCCAUGUCACUGGCACUCAAAGUCCGCGGCCUGCUGGAUUGCAAACAGUCGUGGAAGAGACUGAAGGACAUUAAGAAAAUUUUCCCUGCCACCAAGACUGUCAUCUCCGAGUACGUGGCCGAGCACUGGGCAGAGGACACCUUCUUUGGGUACCAGUACCUCAAUGGCAUCAACCCUGGCCUGAUCCGCCGCUGCACGCGGAUCCCAGACAAGUUCCCUGUCACAGACAGCAUGGUAGCCCCGUCCCUGGGCGAGGGAACGUGCCUGCAAGCAGAGCUGGAGAAGGGGAAUAUUUACCUGGCAGACUACCGCAUAUUGGAGGGCAUCGCCACUGUGGAGCUCAACGGCCGGAAGCAGCACCACUGCGCCCCCCUUUGCCUGCUGCACUUUAGCCCCGAGGGCAAUCUGAUGCCCAUCGCCAUCCAGCUCAGCCAGACCCCUGGGCCUGACUGCCCCAUCUUCCUGCCCAGUGAUUCUGAGUGGGACUGGCUGCUGGCCAAGACGUGGGUGCGCUACGCUGAGUUCUAUAGCCAUGAGGGCAUCUCCCAUCUGCUGGAGACCCACCUCAUUGCUGAGGCCUUCUGCCUGGCCCUGCUGAGGAACCUACCCAUGUGCCACCCCCUCUACAAGCUCCUCAUCCCCCACACCCGAUACACUGUCCAGAUCAACAGCAUCGGGAGGGCCCUCCUCCUCAAUGAGGGAGGCCUCUCUGCUAGGGGCAUGUCCCUGGGCCUGGAGGGCUUUGCUGAGGUGAUGGUGCGGGCUUUGUCAGAGCUCACCUAUGAAAGCCUCUACAUCCCCAAUGACUUUAUGGAACGUGGGGUCCAGGACCUGCCUGGAUAUUACUACCGAGAUGACUGCUUGGCAGUGUGGGAUGCACUAGAGAGGUAUGUGACAGAGAUCAUCACCUAUUAUUACCCAAAUGAUGCAGCCGUGGAGGGUGACCCGGAAUUGCAGUCCUGGGUGCAGGAGAUAUUCAAGGAGUGCCUCCUGGGGCGUGAGAGCUCAGGUUUCCCCACAUGCUUACGAACAGUGCCUGAGCUGAUCCGAUAUGUCACCAUAGUCAUCUACACCUGCUCUGCCAAGCAUGCAGCUGUCAACUCAGGCCAGCUGGAGUACACCUCCUGGAUGCCCAACUUCCCAUCAUCCAUGAGGAACCCACCAAUGCAGGCUAAGGGACUGACCACCCAGGAGACCUUCAUGGACACAUUGCCAGACGUGAAAACCACCUGUAUCGUACUGCUAGUGCUCUGGACACUUGGUCGGGAACCUGAUGACAAGCGGCCCCUGGGCCACUUCCCAGACAUCCACUUCGUGGAGGAGGCCCCGCGGCGGAGCAUGGAGGCCUUCCGCCAACGCCUGGCUCAGAUCUCACUCAACAUUCGCCAACGCAACAAAUGCCUCCCCAUCCCCUACUACUAUCUAGACCCCGUGCUGAUCGAGAACAGCAUUUCUAUCUAGGGCGGCCGGUCCUUCCUUGCUUCUCACCCCCCACCUCUCUCUGUUUUCAAAAAACAAAAACAAA